AUGGGGUACCACAAUGAUCACAUCGGCAUCUGGGAGAUUACCGAACGAAUUCCGGGGCUGAUUAUUGGCGCAAUAGUGGCAAUCUGGAUGAACGUUGUCGUCUAUAUGUACUACUCCUAUAUCAGGGAUCGCCAGCUCGAGGUCGAACAGCAAGAGUAUCCACCAAGCCAUCGUCAAGCCUGCAUACCCCUACUCCUAUGGCGCUAUCUCCAGAAUGCACAGUUUUUCAUAUGGGGUGCCACCGUGUUAUACGCGUGGCUGGGAAUUCGCACCAUCCAAACGAAGCAGCCGGCCUAUCUGCAGUUGCUGAUGGUCGUUCUCUUUGGCACCGGAAAUACUCGGCCUGAUUGCCAAUUUGGUCUUCUGGGAUCAUCACAUGGAAUCCAUGAACAGUCAUCUCUCCGAAUUCGGGCAGCAAAAGCAGAACUUAAGCCAGGGGUCGAUAUCGAUGAGCUCAUUUCCAUUGUGCUAGCCGGCCUUAUCAUGCUCUGGGCCGACCUCGUCAUCUUCCAGUUUUAUCGAUACAUCAGAGAUCGGCAGAUUGAAGAGGAGCAAAGCGUUCACCCUGGAAAUCAUUGGCUUCAUUUUAAGCUGGAUUUUUUGGGAAGAACUCCAAGCAAUGAAUCGCCGUCUUAUGGAGUACAGCUCAGAAAGGGCGGACAUCUGCAGGAAAUAGGGCGGGAUUCUAGCGUUUCCUCAAUGUUCCCUUCAAUGCUAUUUACGCUUUGGAUGGACUUUGUGGUGAUCCAGUACUAUCGCUACGUCAGG